UAAAAUGCUAAAUGGUAAUCCACGUGCUGGGCAAUAUAGGAAGAAGAAAAUGUCCCUUAAGCGGCCAUAUAUCUAACAGCAAAAAAAACGGCGCUCUCUGGGCGGAAAGUAAAAAAUUAACCAACUAAACUACACAAGAGGAGCAUCCAUCGUGUGAAUAAACGCAGUCCCGGAGCCACGUGAGCGCAAGUGUGAUGGUACCUUUAGCGAGAGAGCUGAGUGGGUGGCCGACAGGGUGGUUUAUCGACCAAGAUACAAAGCUCUGGAGGCUCAGUAUUCGCGGGACCACCACCCUGUCGAAAGCGAUCUCUUACGGAAGCGUAAUAGUCUCGGGUUCGCGGUGCAAUUCUCUUCAACUCGAGAAGCUCGAUGUUCUGUUCGUCGUGAGGAACAGUUACCACUAUCACGGCAUUCUGCUGCUGAAUCGACGCGGCAUUUCACUGAAGGCUUGUCGAAAAUAAACCAGCAAAAUGAUCACGGCAUUGCCAGUGCCCUCGGUGAAGGUCUUCCACAAAACUUAUUAUCAAGAAAAAGGAGCCAGGAUAACAAGUAGUCAACCUGGCAGCCCCUUAACUGAGAGUGAAGCGGUACUAGCGUUAAUGGACAAGGAACCACCGGAGUACUACUUCUGUGGCAAGGUCAAUUCGUUACACGUGGUAGUUGGGUCAUUGCUGCUCGGCGCCGUGGUAUUGGUAGUAGGCUUGGUGCAGCUUGCACCCGGAGCCGAAGCUGCACAAAACUCGACCGCCCUUAUUGCUGUCGGAUGCAGUUUACUAGUGGUUGGCGUACUUCUCGCGCCACUCAGAGCUUUGUGCAUAAAGAAACAAAAGGCUGCCCAGAAGGAUGGAACGCAUCAAAGAAGUGUAACUAGCAUAGAUAUGCUUCUUGCUCAACAUAGAGACUUCACGGUUCUGACGCCUGACGAACUGGAGGACCUCGUUGGCCGACCAACCUCCAACCUGGAGAAUAAAAUUCGCAAACAGGGCCACAAUACCUAGGUAUUGUCGGCCUCGAAGAAGGCCCAAUCAUCGUCAUCACCGUGCUCGAACACGCCAUCGUCAUCGACAUCGCCGGGAACUAAUUCAUCAAUUCUCUACACGCAUCGUUACGACUCUCGUGAACACAGUCUGGUUUAAAAUAUCUGGCGCACCGUCAGCCACCUCUUUAGAGAAUCAGUUCCGACUAAUUGUGCACGCAGCAAGUGCUCUUUCUUUCUACGAAGUUUGCACGCUGCCGUUAGCUUUGUGCAAGGGUAUCCAUAAGGCGAACCAGUGAAAUUGUCGCGUUUAUAAAGAACAAUUCAGUUGAUAUGCAGCCGAGAACAGUGCGGGGACAUUUUCUCGAUUGAUUGACUGUUGUUUCGUGGACUCGGUUGCGAUUAUUGUGAAAAGACCGUAUUGUUCGAAAGAAAAAUUCGAACGAACGAAUCGAGGAAGUUGUUGAGAACAUUAACCACGAAAGGAGCGACGUGGUGUUGGGUGAUCGAUCAAUGGAACGUUUCUUUUGAUCUUCGAAGUAAAGGAACAUAUUCCGACUUUCAUUGAAAAUCAACUGAGCGUGUUUCAAGUUAGCCAGAGCGAAGAGAUUCGUCGUUUAAUUUGUAUCAAAUGGAGAGAAAAAAAAAGAAAAGAAAAAACAGGGACCUAAUAAUUGGCUGCCUUCUUGUAAUCGUCGUUCAACUCUCGAUUCACUUCAGGAUCUUUCUUUCAGUUCGUACGGGUGUUUCUUUCGUUUCGAAGCACGAACUAAUCUAAUUUGCAAGAAACGUAAUUGUUUUUAAACAUUUCAAUUCAAACUGUACAAUUUUGUAUAAUUUGUUGUUCGUGCAAAGAAUCUUUAUAGAAAAAAUUCAACAGAGGUGAAAGUAAGUCGACAUUAUCAAAGAUACCCGCAGGCUGCUUCGCGGCUUCGAUUGUUCACGAUUAUUAUAUAUAAAAUAAAAAAAGAAGCAAUUUCAUUCGAGACUUCAUUGUGUUCAAAUCGCCAAGAUAUAAGUCUGACUCGAGUAUAAAAAACUGUAUAAAGUUUAGAUUAAUUGUCAUUCUUGAUUACUUCAUUCGGGAGAAAAAGGAUGGAAAUUCGUGCUUCGACAACGAGUGACGUUUGAAAAUAAUCAAAUAAAUCACGUAGCAUGGAGCGGCCUUGUUACAGCCAGCAAACACCCUUACGGACACUUGCAUAAUAUUUUUAGUCAGGCCUUGGUGCCCCUUCACUUGCCAGUAAUACACUUAAGUAAAUACUUUCAUACUAAAAUAUCUAUCAUCGCAUGAUGUACUGCACAUAUCUUCGAAUAUUAAAUCGUAGCUGUAAACGAUUUCAAUGAAAAAUUCUUACGAGAAAAUCCGAUGCUUUAAUGGGAAAACUUCUUUGCUGAGGAAAAAUUAUCAUUCCUCUGAUAAGAAGAAUUUACAAACGAAUUAGGAAUUGUUUCACUAAACCGUCUUUGAUAACGACACAGCAUUACUGUCUGUUAUAGAAUUGUUAAUAGUCCACAGCGAUGUUCCCUCUAAUUUCUUUUCCACCUGCGCGGACCUGUUAUUCCUCUCUGAGCACAGAAUUUCAAAUAACGCGCGAGAAAUCAUUUCAAACGAUAGAAAUUUAAUAAUUUCAAAAGAUUCUGUGUACGGGGGAAAAGAUUAUGCGCAGCUUAUCGUUAGAGGGAACGUGGACUUCAGCGUUUCGUGUUCCCCCUCACUACCGCUUUCACUUAGCACGAUUUUUUUGCUAUAAAUUUAAAGAUACACACGAAACGAUUGAUUAUUUAGAACGGCAGUUGCUUUUAGACAUCGUCUAACCAGUUCCUGCAAACAUUUUAUCAAUAUUGUCUGUGUUCGAUGAGACACAUUUGAAAAGAAAAUACAUAGAGAAAUGUAACACUCUGGUGAAUAUAUGGAUAGUUUAAGGCGAACGUUUUAAUAAACGAGUGAAUUUUAAGAUAAGCGAUAUAUCUCAGAAAAUAAUGUCCAAGAAGUUCAAAAAGAAAGAUAAGAAAAAGACGAAGGUUUUUCACACACACAUUUUUUAAAUUUAAUUAAAUAUACAGGAUUUACUUCCUCCAUUGGAACACCAAUUUUUUCUUUCUUUUUUUUUUUAAGUUAGUUUCACAAUUCAUCAAACGAGUUCACGAGGAGAAGAAUAUCAAUGAAAAAUAUCAUAAGGAUUUGACAAAGAUAAACAUAAUGCGGUUCACUUUUGUAAAGUAGCCCUAAAAAAGAUGAGACGACGUAGAAUACGAGAUAAAUGAAAACAUUUGUCGUUCGACAAUGAUGAAGAAAGUGGUUCGAACUUAUAAAAGUUUAAUGAACGAGGCCACGAACGCUGAAACAUACCGAGAGACGAAUAUUAUUAAAAUGAUGUGCUUCACAUUACGAAACAUAAAUAGAUGUUUAGGCUUAGUCCAUAGGCGUUAAGGUUGCUCGUUCGUGUGUUAAGAUUGAAAUGAGCAUAAAGAUUCUCGAUGGGGGAUUAAAUAUUGUCAAAUUUAAGGAUAAUUGCUCGAAGAAAUGAUCGUAUCGAUCCCAGAAAGGCUGUUAGAAUCAUAUGAAAUUUUCUAUUUCAUGCGUAAUAUAAUUAAAUAGUUCACGUUGUAUAUGAAUGGGAUUCACUUUAUACGCUCGAAUGACAGUAAAUGAACCUUUGACGAUGAACAAGUAAAAUAUUAAAACGAUGCACUGAUUUUCCUUUCUCAAUUAACCCUCGAACGGCCGUAAAGAGAGCAAUUUAAUUUUGUAUAUUAUUUUCAUUUUUAAAAUUUUACAAUGUUCCUUUAAAAAUUGUUCUUCUAACAUAUGAAAUACUUUCCUUUAAAAAUUAUAAAGUUUGGGUCACAUUUGACUCAGGCUCUGCUGUUCAAGGGUUAACUUUUAACCCUUCGUUGCAUGAACUUUUUAAUUUUGAAAAGAAAUACUGCUUUUCAUUUAAAAUAAACCUAUAUAAUAUUAAAAAUUUGCAACAUUAUAUGAUAUAGAAUUUAUAGCUACAACUGUUUAAAAAAUAUAAGGAAUUUAUGUAACAGAUUUGCAACAUAAUGCAAAGAAGGGUUAAUGUACUUUACAAAUUGUAUAUAAUAAAAGAAACACUGGCACUUAUUUAUUUUUACAUAAGAAAAGAUUCUAGAGUAUAAUAGAUAAAAGAAACAUAUCUUAUAGAGAGGAGAAAUAACUAGUUAGAAACAAAAGAGAUAAAAAUAAAAAUAAUUAAAUAACUGCAGAAUAACAAUUCCUUUUUUAAUCUUAGUCCAUAUAACAUUAAAAAGGCAAAUUACAGUUGUAAAUGUAAUUUAACAGUUUGACGGCCACGUAUUUUAUUAAAUUGGUAGCUCUUGUAAUUUUAUAUAUUUUUUGUGUAUCAAACUAAAAUUACUGCGAGAAUACUUGAAAUAACAAAAUUACCAAUUCUCAAAUUGUAAGUAAAUAUAAAUAAAGUAUAAAGUUACGUAUGAAAAUGAUGAAUACGUGAGGCCAUCAAAAUGCUAAUAAUAAAGGAAUAAUAAAAAUAGUUUUAUUGCAUAUUUAACAGCGAAAAAUAAUGUUAAAAUAUACAAGAAACAUAAGCUUCUGUCAAACAUAACAUUGACAAAAAUGAAAAUCAUAACUAGAUUGCGGAUGUUUAUGCAAAUGGAUAUUUUAUGCAUAAAGAAGUAGGACCUAGACAGAAAUUUGUUUUGUCAUUAGACGGUUCUAAAAAAAUGUAUAUUUUGCAAAAUAAAUAAAUAAAAAUAAAAAUUA